AUGAAGGCCAUCACCGAGCUGCUCAACUACAUCCGCGUCAUCAAGCUGCAGGCGUGGGAGGAGACGUUCGGGGACAAGAUCCGCGACCUCCGGGAGGAAGAGCUCGGCUGGCUAGCCAAGUCCAUGUACUUCAUGUGUGCCAACACCGUCGUGCUCUGGAGCGGCCCGCUCGCCAUGACCGUGCUUGUGUUCGGCGCGUGCGUGCUGACUGGCGUCCAGCUCGAUGCCGGGAAGGUGUUCACGGCGACCGCGUUCUUCCGAAUGCUCGACGCACCUAUGCAGAGCUUCCCCGAGGCGAUUGCUGCUGUGACGCAGGCAACCGUGUCUGUUGGCAGGCUUGACAGAUACCUGCUUGAUGCGGAGCUUGAUGACUCGGCAGUGGAGCACGUGGAAGACACCGGCAUUGACACUGGCGCGGUGGUCGUGGAGGUGCGUGAUGGUGUUUUCGCGUGGGACGUGAGGGGAAAGAAGCAGCAGAGUGCGGAAGGUGAGGAUGGUGAAAGCGAGGAGGAGAAAGAUGUGGAGGGGACACCUGUACUGGAGACGGUGCUGAAGGGGAUCAAUGUUGAGGUAAGGAAGGGUGAGCUUGCGGCGGUGGUUGGGAUGGUCGGAUCUGGCAAGACAUCACUGCUUUCUUGCAUUAUGGGGGAGAUGGAGAAGAUCUCUGGCACGGUCAGAGUAUGUGGGAGCACUGCAUAUGUUUCACAGACUGCUUGGAUCCAAAAUGGGACCAUUCAAGAGAAUAUCUUAUUUGGACAGCCGAUGCAUGCUGAAUGA